UAAUCUUUUCACAUAAAUUCACCUCACAUCAUAACUAACACAUACUUCAGAUUACAAGUCCAGAUUCUUCUUCCUAAAGCAGCUCCCUCUUCAUCGUAAUAAUAGCUUUAUUUAACCAGAGUCUCACUAAGAGUAAGAUCUUUUUUUACAGGAGUGUCCUGGCCAAGACAGCAGCUGCACAUAGAACCUACAAUAUAUUUACACAACUUAUAACACAAAAUAAUAAUGAAAUAGAAAGAAAUAAGAUAUCAAAUGAAUAAUUAAGGAUCAACAAAACACAUGAACUUAAUGAGUUGAAUGCUGUUGACCUUUUACCACGACUCUGACUAUGAUUAAUAAGCUUUUCAUUUAGCUAUCUUACACCAGAAGGAUUGUAAAACAGGUCACUGUGUGAUGUAUAAUAUAUCUACAUGUGUAUAGGCUUAAUUUGUGUGUGUAUUUUAAUCAUUCAUCCAUUUCAAGAUACUAUACAAGUACCACAGCAAAAAUAGAAAUUAUAUCAGUCACUUUAGUGAUAAAUGGCUGAAUUAGACCAUAAUAACGGUGGUAUACAUCACAUAUUCAUUAUUUUAACAGUAUUAUUUUACAGUUGAGAUGAUGAACUUAAUAAAACAAUUACAUACUAAUAGCUUUUAGACACAACCAGUGGUGGAAGAAGUACUUAUGUAUGUAAGUAUUAUUUAGUUAAAGCAUUAAAAGUAAAAUUACUUACUGUGCAACUAUUGGAUUAAUAUGUGUAUGUUGCAUUUUAUUGCUGUAGAUGUUUAAGGUUGAACUUUAUAUACUGAGUUGUUGAAUACAGAAAUGCAUCAUAUUAUUUAUAUAUAUAUAGUAUUACUAUAAUAUCAUCAUGAUUGCAGCAUCAGCUUGUGAGAACCACAUAACUCUAACUUAACUAUUCAUGAGUUCAGAGAAGCAGCCCUUUUGGUCCAACUCGUGUUUUUUGAUCGUUUCUUUAAUUUAAUAAAUAAAUAAUACUAAAUAAUAAAUAAUUUUCUCAACCCAGUUCAGUCAAAAAUAAAAUAAUAAUGACUAAAUAUUUCACUGAGCAGGAAGUAAUCUGCAAAGUAACUAGUAACUGAAGCUGUGGAGUUAAAAGGACCAUAUUUGCCUCGGAAAUGUGGAGUAGAAGUACUUAAUACAAGUGUUAUUGGGGAGAACAUGUGAGAUAAAGGAAACCGACUAAAUGUCAAAUGAGGCUAAUGAAGCCGAAUUAAAUGUUAUUUUACGUAAGUUUUACGUUAACGUUGUCGGGUCAGUUUCUGCGCAUGGCAACUGAUAAGUUUCGAUUCCGGUAAAUCGACGCUUGAACCAAAAACACCAAAAACGAAAGUGAUCAGCUGUCGAUACCACUGUUGAUGGUUACUCUGAGUGACUGAUUGUGAAGUGAAGUGAUGUAUCCAAGAUUCUGUCGGUGCCUCUCAGUACUUAAUCCGAGGGACUUCAGUUUCAGAAUGAGAGGCCUCCCCAACUACUGUCUGUGCUGCUGUGUGAACACUUUACUGCAGACCUUCUCUGCUACCUGGGAACUAGGAGACCUAUUGGACAAGUGGGAUGAAACUGGCGUGAGGACAGAUGAUCGUAACGUCCCGUUGCAGCUUAAGAAAGUUCUCGCGGCCAUGAGAAAAGACCUCCCUCAGCCUGCUCCCCAUCACGACUUCCUCAGCUGUCUGGACAGAAACAGCCUUCGACUUAAUACGCAGCAUGAUGCCGAUGAGGUGUUCCUCACCAUCCUGAACUCAACGCAUCAACAGAUGGACGACAGUUCUCUGGCUCUUGAAAUCCAGAAUCUGUACAAGAUUUCUUUGGAGACGCAGUUGCAGUGUUUAGACUGUAACUCCAUGCAGACUCGGGCCAGCUACCUGCUCAGCAUGCCUCUGCAUAUCAAAGAAGAUCACAACUCUCUGGAAGGCUGCAUGACCUCCUUCUUUGAACACCAGGAGCUAAGCGGCAUCAACUGUUGCUUUUGUGAACAAUGUGGAAAAAAGACUCCAUCCAAACAGGGUGUCAAACUGCUCUCCUUGCCUCAGAUCUUGUGCGUGCACCUGAAGAGGUUUCGAAAUAGCAACGGUUAUACCCGAAAACUUGAUUGCAGUGUGACUUUUCCAGAAAACUUUGAUUUCUCUGACAUCGCUAAAGAGGCGUUCUCCACAGACUUUGCCCAGAAUGACUGCAAGUACACUUUGCAUGCGGUGGUAGUACACUCUGGUUACGCAAUGUGUGGACACUAUACUGCCUACGUUCGUCACAGGGUGAACCAGCGCUGGUACUAUGCGAAUGACAGCCACGUAAAACAGGCCUCCUGGAAGGAAGUACAGUCAACAUAUGGAGGAUAUCGCAGAGAAACAGCAUACAUGCUGAUGUACAGAAGAGGUUCGAAACAGGAAGGACAACAACCUGAACUUUCCGGCUAAGUGAAUGGAUGCAGAAGAUGUAACCUGCAGUCACAGUGCAAUAUAGGGUGAAGAUGGGAAUAUAACAGUAGGAAUAUAACUUCAUAUUUGCUUUAAUUAGUUUAUUUAAAUAUUUGAUUUCAUAGGACAUGGUGAACGGUUUUAUAUUUAUUGAUUUUUCUGAUAUCUUAGAGCUUUUCUAGAUUGUUUAUUUUUGAUCAGCACAGUAAUUCCUCCAGUAGAUGGCGUUAAAGACUCAAAACAGUGAAGGGUUUUCCACUCCAAGACCACACACACUGUGAACACACUCAGCAAUACUUGAGGGGGGGCGGUUUGUUUCAAGAGAAUGCUUAACUUAGAUAUUCACUGUUUGGGGUUGGGGCGGGGGCCUGCCAUAGGACAGUGUUCAUUUUCCUGACACUGCUGUAUCAUAUAUGAGUCAGCCAUGAAGAACAAUGAAGUCACUUUUUUUCUCAUUUGUGCUGCCAAAAACAACAACAGUCAUCCCACUCUGAUUUUAAGUAUUGUAUUUUCUUACCACCUGGUCCUGAAAGGCCUUUGACACACUUGAUGUUUUUCUCGCUUUCAUUAAUGCAACAUCUGAGCUCAAAAGUGUACGCACUAGUGAAAAGUGCCUGUUCUAUAUGUGUUUGUUUUGAAAAUGCAUUGAGGAAAUUACAA